AUGGUGCCAUGGUGCCAGUGUCCAGAUCAAUGCCCUCAGAAUCUCAAAGAAUUGGCUUUCACAGGUGUCCUGCGGAACAUGCGAUGUUUGGGAUCGCUUUGCCUGUGGAUUUGCGGCGAAGCUGGCAGCUCUGUGCCGUCGCGGAAGUCCACACUGACCUUCACAGAGGAUUCAACUGGUAAUGAGCCCGAGACUGAGCCAGAGGAGGAAAUGACAAUGAAGCAAAAAAUAUUGCACAGACUGACGAGAAUGAACACCGGAGACUUGUUGCGACAGAUACGGCGGAACAUCAGCUCCUACCAGGUCCUGUCAGAUGCAGACCUUUCAUGGGAUGCCGAGGACAUGGCUACGGAGCCUGAAAUAAGCUUUGCCGUGCGAGAGCUCCAAGCGUACUUUUCCGAUUGGCAGCGGGCUCAAACAGACAAGUUUUGGCAGCGCAAGUCUCAUAAGGUGGUAAUCGCCGUGGUGGUGUGUGAGGAGGAAGAUAGCUCAUUGGUGGCCCUUCGGGGAAUGAACACCGAGGUGAGUUUGCCUUCUGGCUCCUUAUGCGCCGAACGUGCUGGAAUUGCCCGUGCGGCAAGCGAAUUUUUUGCAGCCAAGAGCAUCAAGGCAAUCGCCGUCCUGGAUCCAUCUGGAGACAUCGCCCCUUUGUGGCCUUGCGAGGUGUGUCAAAGCUGGUUGGCGAAGAUCAGAGAGCAGAACCCCAGGAUUAGCGUGGUGGCCUUUCCAAGCAAAGAGAACGAUUUUAAGACCAUCUUGGUACAAAAGAACGGAAAGGAUGUUCGGCCGCCAACUGCUGUCAGUCGGAUGCUUGGCCAUGAUGGAGCUCCGUGGUUGCAGGAUUUCGUUGGAGUUUUGCAUACGUGGGUAAGCAAUGAUAAGCGUGUAUUUGCGAGAGUGAAAGGGUGCUUUUACUACUGGAAAGCGCCCAACAAUGUGGUAACGCCUCGUUUUUGAGGAACGGAAAGGGCAGGGUACGUAGGUACCAAGUUUCUGGGAGCCUUUGGUGGACUCGUAGGUAGUAGAUUUAUCAAUAGAUUUCAUACCGCUGUUGAUCUGGAGGAGAACAUGAUCAUGCGAGCUGCAUGAUGAUAUCCUCAAAUGCACUUGAGUUUCAGACUGACUUCAGAUUCAAGCUGCCUCGGAUCUAUCUCAGUGUGAAUAGUGCGAUUUGAUUAAGAAUAUGUGUUACAAUUCGUUUCCAAGAGCCACAAGAACAGCCAAUCAUAGAGUUUGACGCACCACUUAGCCACAUGUUUGGAAGAGAAGACUGGACUCCUUUCGUUUCUGGUUUUGAUACAGAAUCGCUGCCGUUUCUGCAAUACACAAAAAGAUCACAAGAGUAUCUAAGGCGCAGCACCGUGACCAGCAAGCACACAUUGGAAGAGGGCUGACGUUGUCCAGAAAAAUUGGAAGAUGGCUGGUUACAUGCAAAUUUAGAUUUAAUAAAAGACCAAUAUGUAGCCCACUGUAAGGUGCAGAGCUGUAGCCAUAACUUGUGGCUGCUUUUCAUGCACCUACAAGUAGCUAGUCUCCAAGUGUCCUUGGAAGUCCUUGACAUGCGGUCUCUGUACAAAGAUUUCGUCGAAUUGCCAAAUCAAGGGCAGCAGUACAUAGCAGAACCACUUAGUUGCAACCAUUUUCAAAAGCCUGGUGGUAUUUGCUGGCCGGCCAUACGACACCGACAGAGAUGUUGGCAUUGCUUCCAGAUGUUGUCACCUGCCAAGUCUGCUCAGGUUUGAUGUUUGACAAUUGAGUGGAAAUACCCAUACGCUAUCUGUGCACAGCAAAGCAGGUUUGUUUGAUGAUCAAAAAGUGCCCUUCUCGGUAAAUGCCGAUAGAUAGGACAAUUUGUAGUUUCCCAACCUGCGAGGAAA